GACCGGCUGCCCCCUUUACCGCCCCGCCCCUCCUCCUCCUCCUCCUCCUCCUCCUCCUCAGGGUCGCAGCUGCUCCGUGAAGAGAGCGACGAGGCCGGCCUGUCUCGGAGGGGCGCCUGGGCAGCCCGAGCGGAAACUAAAAUGUCUUCAUGGCCCAAAGUAACCACAGAUCAAGCACAAACACCGGAUCCUGAAAAAAGGCAGAGACCGGGGUGGAUUCCUCGACUUCUGGACAUAAAUCCUUACAAAUCCAUUCAGAAGAGUUCUUACUCUCCCACAGACGGUUAUCCGAAGGAUCAUGAGGAUGGUAACAGCUUUGAAGAACUUUUUGGGCAGCAGUAUCAUCCAACAGAGAACGAAGUUAAUUAUGAGAGACACCAGUACCCGCAGAAAGAUGACAGCCACACCAAGGAUGCUCAUCGCGAUAAGUUGUACAUGCAGUUUUACCAGCAGAUAGAGAAGGAAUACAACAGAGAAAGACCUUCAGACUGUGUCAUCGUUUCCAUCAGCAAGGAUCAAGCGGAAUAUUCAACAGUCAUAGGCCAUCGGUUGCAGGAUCAUGGCCUUGUGGUGGAAAUGAUAUACCUUACUUCUGAAUCAGGUCUUACACGUGCCCUCCAGGAAGUUAAAAAUGAUGGUUCUCCAUUUUGCGUUCUUGUCGAACCAUCUAAUGUAACACUUUCUUCAUGCACCGUAAUCAUGCUUCAUCAGACUAUCAAAAUCCACCGUAAUAUGCCCAUGGAAGAUGCCCUGGCUCUGAUAGCUAAAGAGUUUGAGGAAAUUUUUGCUGAGCAUGAACAACAGCAGCGCACAGAGAUUUCCCACAAAGCGGCUGAUCUGGCGGAUGGCUUUCUAGAACGGGAGCUUUAUGAGAGUUACCAUGUGCCUCUAGGCAUUAGACACCUCCUCUUUCUUUUAAGUGAGGGAAAGCAUUUAUAUGUGGAAGAAUUGAACUCAAUAAGUGACUACCUGAAGACCAGGAGAAAUAAGCUUGAAGGUUUUCUUGCAGAAACGAACACUUUAGCCACCCCAGGUGAAGACGGCGAGUAUCCAAAUGCCAGGCCAAGCGGGAGCGCUCUCCCUCCGACGCUGAGCAAGCCACCACCUCUGCUGCCAACCCCUGGUCGAACUUCUGUCUUAGGCCAGUCUGCUGCGCCCUCACCUAAGCCAGCUUUGUUGGGCAAAAGACCGUCAGGGGCUCUUCUUCCAACUCCAGCACUGGUAGCUGGCCCGACGGGGAAACCUCCACCUCUUCUCACAAAGGUCAUCAAAAGACCGAUGCACCUGGCUCCUCCAAACGCCCCUGCAAAGCGACCCUUGCUCGGGGGCAGACCUGGCCUGCUACCUACACCUACCUACAGACUUCCCAGGUGAGACUGUCUUCUACUCUGUGGCUGGAUUCACACCUGAACUUCGUCAAGCUGCUCAUCCAAGACCCACCCAGCAUCCAUGGGCCCUUAAACCAAAGUUCCUGGCUUGAGAGGACGCCUGGACUAAUAAGGAAUUAAAACAAAGCGUUGUCCUAGAUGGCAGCAUUUCUCUUUUUAAGAUAAAGCCGAGUUUGACAAAUGUAUGUUACACUCCCGGCCACAUUAAAUGCAUAUUUUCUGUUGUACACAUUCCUAAGAACUUUUUUUUUUUACUUAACACAACAUAGAUAUUUGUAGACGAUGGAUAUUGUAGAUUGCCAAUGUUAACCUGUUCUCUAAAAUCAAUGUUGUUCGAAAUAAAUGACUUAUUUCCACAGGA